UAAAGCCAAUUCUACUGCCCUCACUGAAGACUAUGAUAAUAACCUUUAUUGCGGAACCUUCCAAAUGGGUCAAUUAGGAAACGACCACACUCAAUUUAGAAUUACCGAAAAUGAGGCAGUCAAGUUAAUUACUCGCGUAGUUAAAGAAAUCAGCAAAAUUAAAAAAGAUAGAGCCCAGUAUUUAGUAGAUAACACUAUUAAAGGCACUACUUUAGAUGAAAAUGGCAAUAAAAUAGAACAUCCUGACAAAGGUAAACCCGCUAACGGACACCGCAUCGAAUACAGUUUUGGUGAUGAUUAUACUAAAAAUGAUGGUAGUCCAGUUGCUACUAAUAAUUUCACUCACACUGAAUUAGAACAAUUAUUUAAUUUAAUGAGAUUGUUUGGUGACACCCUCAUUUUACUUCCGGCUGAGGAAAAACCAAUCCCAAGUAGCAAAUUCAAAUUAGAAGAAUUUGGCAUUGAAGGCUAUGUAGAUAACAACGGCAACUCUAACUUUUACGCUACUAACUACGGCACUAGAAUAAGUGAUGGCUCUGAAUAUCGCCCGGUGGAAUACAAUCUCAUUGCCGAAGAAAUCAAAUCGGGUCGCCAAGAACUAGAGCAAGCCGAAAAAGAUUAUCAGGCCGCUCGUAAACAACUAUUCGCUAAAGAAAAGGAAUUAGAUAACAAAAUUACCGCUAAAAUCACCGAAUUACGCCAAGAAUUAAAGGAAAAAUAUAAGGUUAGUGAUACCGAGGCCAAUGAUUUUACUGGCGAUAACAAAAUAACUACUUCCGAUCAUAGAGCCGACGAGAAAGUUAAUCGCCAGCGAACUGAUGAAGAAAGAAUAGCGUUAGAAAAACUAGUCAAACUAAGUGACCGAGAAACUGAAAUCAAAAUUGCCUUAAAGAAGGCCAUUGACAAUCAAACUCCGGAAGAAAACGCUAAGGAUUGA